UUUAUAACUUCAUUUUCCAGGUAUAUCUCAACAUAGGAACCACAAAAACCUUUCUAAUGCAAUAGAGCACAUUCUUCGGAUGAGAGAAGUAAAGCGUAUUAAUAGCUCUGGACUUCCGGAUGACUUCUCUAUGGAACGUCUUGUUGAAAUCCUAGUCAGAACCGGAAAUUACGAAUUGGCUGAUGUGAUUCAUGCCGUAUAUCAGUGCCGCUAUGAAGGUUUGUUCCCUGAACCAGAGGAAUGUGCUGAGAAGAUUUUUACUAUGAAAGGUAUAGAGGAGUUACAAAAUGAAGUGGAAGAGAGAAAUACUGAAAUCAUCCAUAACAGCGAGGUUUUUGCACAAAGUCAAAGUGCUAUAAUUCAAGAGCUAGCAGAGUAUAAGCUGGUAGUAAGGAAUCUAAAGGCCAAACUGAAGGAGAAUGAACACACCAUUCAGCAGUGGAAAGAGUAUGCAAGAGAGCUGGAAAAUAAGCUUAAAUUUUAAGAUUAACAGUAAAAGCAAAUGCAGCGUUGGGAGGCUAACCAUACAGGACAGGUUUUGAACUUAAUGCAUCGAGAAACUAACUCGAGAAACUAACUCUCCUUUAGACAUUUUGAAAUAUUGUAUUCGGUAUUCAAUCUGUGUUUCUCUUUCCAAUUUGAAAUUGUCACUCUUCAUACUUUUGAUAUAUUUCACAGAAAGGUUAUCUUAGGAAAAUUUGCUCAAAAUCUUCAAUGUGGACAAAUAUUUAAUUCCGGUAUAUCACACAAUCAAGAGAUUAACUUUCCCCAUUUCUUCUUUUUACAAUAUUUCAUUGAACAAAUGUUGUAAAGGAAGCAAAUAUUGAAAUGAUCUGUGUUUUGAACACAAAUUUCCAAUGACAAACAAUUGUCAGGAUUUUUUGAAAAUUGUUUUUAUUUAUUUGAUUAUCAGAAUUUAGGAUAUCAUGAUAUUAUGCAAUUCAUAAAUAUAGUAUUAUUUACUGUUUAAAAGAACAAAUUAUGAGGUCGGAGUAGGUUAAUAAAUUGAUAACACUACUCAGACCUCAUAAUAAAUAAUUUAUCAACCUCAAGCAAUGCUAGUUUUAUUAUCCUUAAGAAUCUGAAAAUGCUAAUAGAAAAUCCGCCAAUUCCUUACUUUAAAAAUCUGUUGAUUUGUUAGUUUUGUACCAAAUAUUCAUUACGAGCUCUUGCAACCGCAUUUGUGGGUUACCUUGUGUUGACUGCGUCUUUAUCAUUCACAAAACCCUUUGGAUUUUGGUGUCACUAUUCCACAAAAUCGUGUUACAUGUAUGUUUUCCUGACACUACGUUCUCAGAAAAUGUGUCACCAUUAGACUUAAAGGCAUAGGGUCUAUCUUUUAUCUAAAAAUGACAUCACAAUAUUUUGCAAGAACUCCAAAAAACAAAUUUGUAGUAAUAAUUAUGAGUUAUCGAAAUCUGCAGUGGUUUGAAAUUGAAGUAAUUUUGACGUUUUAGCCCUUAAUAAAAAUUUUGUCUGGAGAACAAUAUAUUAAACUGGUACCCCGCCGAUUGUUGGCUACACACAAACAUAAGAGAUGUGAAGUCAACAGAGUACCAGUUUAGGCAAAUGAGAAAAGGGAAUUAUUUUAUAAUUACUAUCGUAUCCAAUGUGUUUGUAAACAUUCUGAAGAACUUUUUGUGAUUUUCUAGUUAUGAUCUUAAAUUUUGCCACCUUUUUGGAACAUGCAAAAUUUCACUGAUAUCUUAGACCCUAUGCCUUUAAGUGUUUACCAAUCCUACAUGAUAAUCAACAUGUCUUAUACGUAUAAGAAAUAUCUCACGUGCACCAUUUUAUUGUCCUCUAAGGGAGAUUACACAUUUGUCACCCAGCACAUGAAAGAGACAUGAAUUGUUUCUCUUUUUUAGAAGAAACGUGUGAAUAUUCGAAUACACUUACUGUUUUCGUAUAGCUGGGUGAAUAAUGUUUUACAUUACUUUUAAAAAAAAACUUCAGAUGAAAUUUAUCCAUUUUGUAGUCAAAUGUGAACAUUCUAUAUCUUAGGUUUGAAGCAUAGAUCAUGAAAAAUAAACUUUGCAAAAGAUUUUGGAUGCAAGUGUUAGAGAAUAAUGGUAUACAUUUGAUAGUAGGUAAUGUGAAAAUGAAACUUUGAUUGCUUAUUUUACAUGUUCUAUAUAUAAAAAGAAAACUCAUACUACAGCCAAACAAAGAUUCUAAAAAUGAUUCCUACCUGCCUCAUCAAAAUUCGUAAUUUUUGGUCUGAGGAAACUAUUCAUUUUUGUUAUUGAUAAAUGUGUUUGAGUGUUGGUAUAUAUGUGAUGAAUAAGACUGUGCAUUUUUUAAAUCUUAUUUCUGGUUUUGUUUUUUUAUAAUCAUGUUUUGAUACAUUUACAGUUAUAUGUGCCAUAUGAAUUUUAUAAAAGAUGUAUUGUAAAGUUUAGGACCUUUACUUGAUAUUUGAAGAUAUUUGAAGAUUUCUAUCUUAUGUUAUUUCAGUGCUUUAAUUCAUUGUUUUUAUUAUGUUAUUUCAUUCUUUCUUUCAUUCUCAGACAACCAUGUUAUGAUUCAACGUUGCAUUAAAUGGUAUAACAUGUGAUUGUUUUUCUUACCUCAUCUGAGUCAUUGUUGUUGUGCAAAUAA